UUUUUUCUUUUUCUUUUUUACUAUGUAACCAUCUCUAGUAAAGGUAUGAGUAACAAUAUGAAUCAAGUGUGGCUAUCUUCAUUUUGUUUCCAACUUUUCUAUUAAACGUGACCUUUUAAAAAAAUCAUUCACUCAUUUGUUCAUUAUUUAUGUUUGUGUUGAGUAUUUAUUGAGCUUAUGGGCCAUAAUGGCCAUGUGGAAGUGAGCAGAUAACUUGUUCUCCCCUUCCAUUGUGGAGAACAGAAUUCAGGUAACCAGGCUUGUCAGCUUGUGCCUUUAUUCAGUCAUCUUGAGUCAUCUCCUGUGUCCCUAAAAGUAGAAUCCUAAAGACAGACCGAUAUCCAUGUUCACAACAUUGUGUAGAAUAGCAAAUGACGAAAGUAGCCAGGGUGGUGAAUGCAUGUACUGACACAUUAUUCAGCUUUAAAGAGGGCACUCUGGACACAUGCUACAACAUGCACUGACAGCUCUGGAGUCUAUUAGACUAUGUGAAAUGAACCAGUUAUAAAAACACCAAGACUGGGCUGGAGAGAUGGUUCAGCGGUUAAGAGCACUGACUGCUCUUCCAGAGGUCCUGAGUUCAAUUCCUAGCAACCACAUGGUGGCUCACAACCAUCCAUAAUGAGACCUGAUGCCCUAUUUUGGUGUGUCUGAGACAGCUACAGUGUACUUACAUAUAAUGAAUAAAUAAAUCUUAAAAAAAAUAAAAAGACCAAGACUAUAUGACUCCACUUUCAAAAUACUCUCAGUAUUUUAAUCCAUAGAAAGCAGAAUGGUGGUAAUCAGAGCUAAAGGUAAAGAGGAAUUACAAAUUAACAGGUGCAUUUUUUGUAUGACAAAAAGAAAGCAGAAGAGUGGCUACUUAACAAUGUAAGUGCACUGAACUGUACAAUAAAAACCAGCUACAACGUUUCUUUUGUUAAUAUGCACAAAUUCCUUCCCAUUGAACUUAUCAAACUUUUCUUGGGUUUCUCUUUUCCUUUCCAGUUGACUACUCUCCACACAUUGUUCUCCCAGCAUACCACCCACUUCCGCUCGGCCCUUGACCCGGCGGUAUUUCUUUCUAGAACGCGCUUCAGGGUUUUCCACCCACGGUUAGUAAACUUGCUUGCAUUUACAUCUUAAAGAUGUUACUUUUUCUAUAUUCAAUCACGAGUCCCGUCCUGCAUGUGAAUCCUAUACCUUUUCUGCACCACACAGGUCUGUGAUUGGCUUUAUUGUUUUGGCUUGCCUUUCCAAGUCCGGAAGAUCUGACGGCGUUAUCACACAUCUCCCAAUACAUACACAUUCCCGCACAAAAGAGUCCCCAUAAACACCCAGUCUUGACAGAGGAAGCCAAUCCGACACUUUAAAAGUGAUUUUCACCAGUGUACAACUGCAACACAAAAGCUCUCAAAUCCAAACUGUUGGGUAGCACACGGGCGUAGAAGGACAAAACAGGGCGUCCUUAGGCUCCUUGAAAGUAGCGCUGCAAUCUGCAUAGCCCAAAAACCUCAGAUAUAACCUGAAGGCCACGCGGGACGCGAGGCGACGUUGUUGUGAAGGAACUUAGAAAAGAAACUGGCACACUCUCACACCAAUCUCAGCAGCCUCCACCUCGCGCCCUGGCUCGCUAAAGCGCGAAGAACGGUUUAAAACCUGGGCUUCCGGUAGCAGCGCUUGUACGCAUAUUCAGGACAAGCCCAACGCGCUGUCAGCUACGGGAAGUCGCGGGGGCCAAUUUCUUUCACUGAAGUCGCCCGGUAAAUAGCGGGCACCCGUAACCCAGAAGUGAAAGAUUGUUUAAUUCAAGUAUCAAACACCUCGACAAUCAAAGGAAGUUCCGGCUGGAAGCGCUCCUGACUCCUCUCUAGCUCUUUUAUCGCACAGCCUUCUCCUAGUCUUGCUCGAGUUUUGCUUCCUCUCCUUUAAAGGCUCUAAACAUUCCUUAAAUUCUCCUUGGUCACCUUUUUUUAUUAAAGCACCUUUAUGCUACGGGUCGCCAUUCGGGUCAAAGGCAAAGGCGGCGGGACCUGAAACUUCAUGCGGGCCCCAGCGCUGGGCGUUACCAUAGAGAGGAAGCCACCUCUCUGGGCUGAGAUUACAGUCUCUAUGGUUCAGCCCGGCCGGUGGCGGUAAGAGGACACAGGGAGACCUCUCUGCGCAGGCGCAUUUUGGUUUUUCAUUUUUUUUUUUUUUUUUUUUAAUCCCCGCACCAAGCGCUUAACCUCAUUGGGGUGGAGGAGAAGGCGGUGGCUGUCCGGUCCGCAGCCGCAACAGUAGUGAAUAAUAGAACUAAUGGACUGCUGAAUUAUGAAGUAUUUCAGACCCAGUUGUAGAUCAUCACUCCGCCACUCUCUCCUUUAUUGCCUACUAGUUAUUUAAAUUGGACUUUUAAUAUCCUACCAGCUGCUCUUCAGACACACAUGGUGCAUUGCUGCCAUUCCCGGGAUUGCAUCUUUGAGACACACACUCUUAGGAGCCUUCAGCAAACAAAGAGGCCACCUCCCGGUACGGCUACCGGGAGGGAGUCAUCCUGACCGCCCUCUAGCCUUGGCCAGCUCUGGAUUUGAAUCCUACCAUGGAACCGAGAAUGGAGUCCUGUCUGGCCCAGGUGCUGCAGAAGGAUGUGGGAAAGCGGCUGCAGGUUGGCCAGGAACUCAUAGACUAUUUCUCAGACAGACAGAAGUCUGCUGACCUUGAGCACGACCAGACCCUGUUGGAUAAGCUUGUGGAUGGACUCGCUACCUCUUGGGUGAACUCUAGCAAUUACAAGGUGGUUCUCUUGGGCAUGGACAUCCUGUCGGCACUGGUGACUAGGCUGCAGGACCGGUUCAAGGCGCAAAUCGGCACAGUGUUGCCAAGUCUAAUAGACAGACUGGGAGAUGCUAAAGACUCCGUGAGGGAGCAAGACCAAACCCUGCUGCUAAAGAUCAUGGAUCAAGCUGCUAAUCCCCAGUAUGUGUGGGACAGAAUGCUCGGAGGCUUCAAACACAAGAACUUCCGCACAAGAGAGGGCAUCUGCCUCUGCCUUAUUGCAACACUCAAUGCCUCUGGGGCCCAGACUCUAACACUAAGCAAGAUUGUGCCACAUAUAUGUAACCUACUGGGAGAUCCCAACAGCCAGGUUCGAGACGCAGCAAUAAACAGUCUGGUGGAGAUUUAUAGACAUGUAGGUGAACGUGUGAGGGCAGACCUCAGUAAGAAAGGACUGCCACAGUCCCGGUUGAAUGUCAUUUUUACAAAAUUUGAUGAAGUCCAAAAGUCUGGAAAUAUGAUACAGUCUGCAAAUGAAAAAAAUUUUGAUGAUGAAGAUUCUGUGGAUGGCAACAGGCCUUCUUCUGCCAGCUCCUCAUCAUCCAAGGCCCCAUCAAGUUCCCGGAGGAAUGUUAACCUGGGGACCACCCGUAGGCUCAUGUCAUCCAGUCUUGGAUCUAAGUCUUCAGCUGCAAAAGAAGGCGCUGGUGCUGUGGAUGAAGAGGAUUUUAUUAAAGCCUUUGAUGAUGUACCUGUAGUGCAGAUUUACUCCAGCCGAGACCUCGAGGAAUCCAUAAACAAAAUCAGAGAAAUCCUGUCAGAUGACAAGCAUGACUGGGAGCAGAGAGUAAAUGCUCUAAAAAAGAUUAGAUCGUUACUCUUGGCUGGGGCUGCUGAGUACGAUAACUUCUUUCAACACUUGCGUCUUCUGGACGGGGCCUUUAAACUCUCUGCUAAGGACCUGCGGUCUCAGGUAGUGCGGGAAGCUUGUAUCACAUUGGGGCAUCUGUCAUCAGUUCUGGGAAAUAAGUUUGAUCAUGGAGCUGAAGCCAUUAUGCCAACUAUCUUUAAUUUAAUCCCGAACAGUGCCAAAAUUAUGGCUACUUCUGGUGUUGUAGCUGUUAGGCUAAUCAUUCGGCACACUCACAUCCCUCGGCUGAUCCCUGUCAUAACCAGCAACUGUACCUCUAAGUCUGUCGCCGUCAGAAGGCGCUGUUUUGAAUUUUUAGAUUUGCUUUUACAAGAAUGGCAGACACAUUCACUAGAAAGACAUAUAUCAGUAUUAGCUGAAACAAUAAAGAAAGGAAUACACGACGCUGAUUCUGAAGCGAGAAUAGAAGCCAGGAAGUGCUACUGGGGUUUCCACAGUCACUUCAGCCGAGAAGCAGAACACCUGUACCACACUUUGGAGUCCUCGUAUCAGAAGGCCCUACAGUCCCACUUGAAGAACUCGGACAGCAUCGUGUCUCUGCCCCAGUCAGACCGAUCCUCUUCCAGCUCUCAAGAGAGUCUCAACCGGCCACUUUCAGCCAAAAGAAGUCCCACUGGCAGCACUGCAUCCAGAGGCUCUACAGUUAGUACCAAAUCUGUGUCGACGACAGGAUCUCUCCAGCGAUCUCGAAGUGAUAUUGAUGUGAACGCAGCAGCCAGUGCCAAAUCCAAAGUCUCCUCAUCCUCAGGAUCCCCCGCCUUCAGCUCUGCAGCAGCACUGCCCCCAGGAUCCUAUGCGUCCCUAGAGUCCAGACACAUGAGGGAAGACUUGGAGUACGUAGGCCUGGAUGCAGGUCGGAUCCGCACGAGACGGCAGAGCUCGGGGAGCACCACCAAUGUCGCCUCCACACCCUCCGACAGUCGGGGCCGCAGUCGCGCCAAAGUGGUUUCACAGUCUCAGCGAUCCAGAUCUGCUAACCCUGCUGGUGCUGGCAGCCGGUCAAGUUCCCCUGGGAAGCUUUUGGGAAGUGGACUUGCUGGGGGUUCCUCCAGAGGCCCACCGGUAACACCAUCCUCAGAAAAACGGAGCAAGAUCCCCAGGAGUCAGGGAUGUAGCCGAGAAACAAGUCCUAACCGGAUUGGAUUAGCACGGAGCAGCCGUAUCCCCCGACCCAGCAUGAGUCAGGGGUGCAGCCGCGAUACCAGCCGUGAGAGCAGCCGCGAUACAAGCCCUGCUCGGGGCUUCACACCACUCGCCUCUCGACGUCAUUCCAGGUCCACUAGUGCUCUCUCCACUGCUGAAUCUGUUGGGCAGUCAGAUCGGUUUGGGCUGGGCCAGUCAGGACGAAUCCCUGGUUCUGUGAACGCCAUGAGAGUCUUGAGUACCAGCACUGACCUGGAAGCAGCAGUGGCUGACGCUCUGCUGUUAGGAGACGCCAGGAGCAAGAAGAAGCCUGUGAGAAGGAGAUACGAGCCCUAUGGAAUGUACUCUGAUGAUGAUGCCAACAGUGAUGCCUCCAGCGUGUGCUCUGAGCGCUCAUAUGGCUCCAGGAAUGGUGGCAUUCCCCAUUAUCUGCGGCAGACUGAAGAUGUAGCAGAGGUUCUCAACCAUUGUGCCAGUUCCAACUGGUCAGAACGGAAAGAGGGGCUCCUGGGCCUGCAGAACUUACUGAAGAGCCAAAGAACACUGAGUCGAGUAGAAUUGAAGAGACUGUGUGAGAUUUUCACCCGAAUGUUUGCCGACCCUCACAGCAAGAGAGUUUUCAGUAUGUUUUUGGAGACCCUCGUGGAUUUUAUAAUCAUUCAUAAGGAUGACUUGCAAGACUGGCUCUUCGUCCUUCUCACACAACUACUUAAGAAAAUGGGAGCAGACUUACUUGGAUCUGUGCAAGCAAAAGUUCAGAAGGCUCUCGAUGUCACCAGGGAUUCCUUUCCAUUUGAUCAACAAUUUAACAUUUUGAUGAGAUUUAUUGUGGAUCAGACUCAAACUCCAAACCUCAAGGUCAAAGUAGCAAUCCUGAAAUACAUCGAAUCUCUAGCCAGACAGAUGGACCCCACAGAUUUUGUAAAUUCCAGCGAAACAAGACUAGCUGUUUCUAGGAUCAUAACAUGGACUACAGAACCAAAGAGUUCAGACGUGAGAAAGUCCCAGCGUCAGCGUAGUCGAGCAGGGGAGGAUGUCCCUGGUAGGUCAGUUCCCACCUGCUCUGGGCCUGGAGAAGGAAGCUUGGAAGAAAGUUGUAAACAGGCAGCACAAAUUGUGCUCAUCUCUCUGUUUGAACUGAACACGCCUGAAUUUACCAUGUUACUUGGUGCCUUGCCAAAAACAUUCCAGGAUGGUGCCACCAAACUCCUGCAUAACCACCUCAAGAACUCCAGUAACACCGGUGUGGGAUCUCCAAGCAAUACAAUUGGCCGGACACCUUCCCGCCACCCCAGCAGCAGGACCAGCCCCCUGACCUCACCCACCAACUGUUCCCAUGGGGGACUAUCUCCAAGUCGGUUGUGGGGUUGGAGUGCCGACGGGCUAUCGAAGCCCCCACCUCCCUUUUCUCAGCCUAACUCCAUUCCCACCGCUCCCUCCCACAAGACUCUCAGGCGCUCUUACUCUCCCAGCAUGCUGGACUAUGAUACAGAGAACCUGAACUCUGAAGAAAUCUACAGCUCUUUGCGUGGAGUUACAGAAGCCAUUGAAAAGUUCAGCUUCCGAAGCCAGGAGGAUCUAAAUGAGCCAAUCAAACGAGAUGGCAAGAAGGAUUGUGAUAUCGUGUCCCGAGAUGGGGGAGCAGCCUCACCUGCCACCGAGGGCCGGGGAGGUAGUGAGAUAGAAGGAGGCAGGAUGGCUUUGGACAACAAGACCUCCCUGCUCAACACGCAGCCUCCACGUGCCUUUCCGGGGCCAAGAGCACGGGAAUAUAACCCGUAUCCCUACUCCGACACCAUCAACACCUAUGACAAGACGGCUCUGAAGGAAGCAGUGUUUGACGAUGACAUGGAGCAGCUCCGAGAUGUGCCCAUUGACCACUCAGACCUGGUGGCUGACUUGCUGAAAGAGCUAUCUAACCACAACGAGCGUGUGGAGGAGCGGAAGGGCGCACUGCUGGAGUUGCUCAAGAUCACCAGGGAGGACAGCCUGGGCGUGUGGGAGGAGCACUUCAAGACCAUCCUGCUGCUGCUGCUGGAAACUCUCGGAGACAAAGACCAUUCCAUUCGAGCUCUGGCACUGAGAGUUUUACGGGAAAUUCUGAGAAACCAGCCAGCAAGAUUCAAAAACUAUGCAGAACUGACGAUCAUGAAGACUCUGGAAGCCCACAAAGACUCCCACAAGGAGGUGGUGAGAGCGGCCGAGGAAGCUGCAUCCACGCUAGCCAGCUCAAUCCACCCAGAGCAGUGCAUCAAAGUGCUGUGUCCAAUCAUCCAGACAGCCGACUACCCCAUCAACCUGGCUGCUAUCAAGAUGCAGACAAAGGUGGUGGAGAGGAUCACCAAGGAGUCCUUGCUGCAGCUCCUCGUCGACAUCAUCCCCGGCCUGCUGCAGGGUUACGACAACACCGAGAGCAGUGUACGGAAAGCCAGUGUGUUUUGCUUAGUGGCAAUCUAUUCCGUAAUCGGAGAAGAUCUGAAACCUCACCUCGCACAGCUCACGGGGAGCAAGAUGAAGCUGCUGAACUUAUAUAUAAAGAGGGCCCAGACUACCAACAGCAACAGCAGCUCUUCCUCUGAUGUGUCCACACACAGCUAGUGGCCGUGCCAGUCUGUGCAGAACACACAUUGGUGGUGCCUCUGAGAAGCUCCAUCAGUUGCCCAGUCCAUUCAAGGAGGCCGCACAUAAUUUAUUACAAUCAGUAUUUUGGUCCCUUCCAGCUUUUGUGUAGAAUUUUGCUGGUAUUGAAUGUAACGGAAGCAAGGCCUGGGGACUGAGAAAUGAAGAGCCAUACUUGCACGUGUCUGCACCACCUGCUGACAUCACCAAACCAUGGAGGGCACAGCUCUUAGAAUCCAGAGCUCUCUAGCCAGUGCUUGGUACACAGUAGCAUAUUUUUCAGUCCAUACAGACUUGGGGGUGGUUUGGGGUAUUGCUGUGUGUUCUUUAUGCUUAUGUUCUUAGAGUAUGGUCAGAUGGGACAAGACCCCCUCCUGUCUUCUACAUGACAUGGAGAAAGGUUGUGUGUUCUUUAGGGUGUAUCUUAGAGUUCUCAAAGUGGAACUGCAGUCUGGGCAAGAAAAAGACGACAACCUGGAGCUGGCCUCACAAAAAACACGAGGGGUUGGUUUCUCUUGCAGAGGGAGCCAACUUCCCUGCCUUGGGAAUAGAAUCAGUAAUGCCACCAAAGUUCUCAUGGUUGCAUUAAAGAAAAGGUGACUGUAAAACGCCAAGAUUGGAACCAGACUUAUAUCAUGUGUCCCGGGAAGUGCUGGCCAAACCUCUUGAAACAACUAAGGUAGAAUCUGGCUAAAUAGAUUUUAAAUAAAAUUCUUAAGCCAAAUGACAAUUCUUAAUGCAAUCAUGCAAACUUUCCUAGGCUGGCCUUGGAUGUGGUGUCCUCCUGCCUCAGCCUCCCACGUGCUGGGGUUACUGAUAGGGGCCACGUGCCCAGCAAAAGCUUGUUUGCGGUGUUAGUUUUCGAAAAGCAUGUGCUCUUCUAGUGCAGAGCCCACUGUAACUACCAGGGUUGAGAGCAGAGGCUGGGCUGGCGAGUUCUCUAGCACUCUGCUUCUCUGACCCUCCAAAUGGUAAGUCAGGCAUGGUGACUCAUGCCUUUAAUCCCAGCACUCAACAGACAGAGGCAGGCGGAUCUCUGCAAGUUUGAGGACAGCCAGGGCUACCUAGUGAGACCCUGUCUAGAAAAACAAUCAAAAAGAGAUAGUGAGGUUGGAGAAAACCCGUGGGAAAUAGACACUGAAAAUGAAGGUUCCGUGUGUGUGUGUGUGUGUGUGUGUGUGUGUGUGUGUGUGAGAGAGAGAGAGAGAGAGAGAGAGAGAGAGAGAGAGAGAGAGAGAGAGAGAGAGAUGAGUGGCUCACACAUCUAACUGUCCCACUGCUACUGUUCAGAGAACUCAGGGGUGCAUUUUAAGGGAUUUGCUAUUAUUGAUGGACUUGGGCUCAGAACAUAGCAGGACCAGACCUUACUUUCAGUUAAAACACAAAAACUCCUGUCUGUUAAGAGUUCAUCAGUGAGAAUCCUUCUCACCCUGCACUAGGCUCCCUCUGUGUUGUAGCCUUGUAGCCAUGUGCAGCCUGGCCAGGUUACUUAGGGGAACUCCCAAGCCUAAUACAGUUAGAAAGGCCCUGCUCUGGCAUUCUUUGCCCCACUGUAACCGAACAGUUCCAGAGCAUUACCUGACAUCCUCACAGUACACACAAAGGGCUAGCCCCGAAUGUCACAUGAAUGUCAGUCUGAGUAGAAAGAGUACAAUCAUUUCUGUCUCUUGGGCUCCACCUCAAGACUGCUGCCCGAAAUGCUGAGGAGACUCGCAUGCCACCACCACCUCAUGGAGGGCGACAGAGCCCACUGCCGCUCUCUGAACCCUGACAGCUACAGCUGCCUUGCCUUGCCUCCACCUCCCCAAAGGACAAUAUUCAAAGCACCUAGACCCUGAAGGACUCUUCACAGCACCCAGAACUGUGUUUGCCUCCCCAUCUAUCUGACUAUCCAAGGCCUUGAAACCCCCUACCCUGGGGGACCGCUCAUCUGACUUCCUGCUUCCUGGCGAGCUGCCCCUCCCUCUGCUGGACCGGCGCUCUCCAGGUGCACCCCCGUGCUGUGCGGACCUGGUGCCCACAGAUGGCCUGGGCUCGCCUUACCUAUGGCUCACUACUAGCUUUCAACAUGUGUGCAGGUAAUGCAACAGGUUUGUCUCCUACGUCUUCUGUUCCUUUCUCUGCCACCUUUAUGGAAUCUCACACUUUAAAAGACAGCAAACUAGAACUUUAUAGACAGGACACUGCUAACAACGUUCAGAAGAGAGAAAUGCUCUCAAACAAUCGGCCACCAAGAUAGUUCACACGCAUGGUCCUUGCGCCCCCAGAUUGGGUGUUGUUUGUUUUGGGUUUUUUUGAGGCUUUUUCAUGUUACAUCCAUAUCUGUAUUUAUAUCUUAUUUGUUUCACUUCCCAAGUGUAUCAUGGCAAAUGUACAGAUUUUUUGUUGUUGUUGUUAAUAAUGUGCUAGGAUUUGCUAAAAAAGAAAAUUAAAAAAAAAAAAGCCGA